CUUCUCCGCACAGCUCUGCAGUGAACACACUUCAUCUCUUUAAUCACAUGUGCAACCUGGUGCUGGGUUAUGCUUUUAUCUUUGUGCACGUAAAAGUAAACAACUAUUUAGUUUGGAGGUGGUUUAAAGCACUAAGGUUGGGAACUGCUUUACCGCCUGGUUGAUGAUAUUCACUGCGGGCAGCCGUGCAUGCUGUCCGGGAAGAGAUUACCAAAUAACACCAGAGGACGCACAGAAGAAUAAAACACACACAAGAGGAACUAUAAUCUGGGACUAUUUCUCAUUUCGUCAUCUGCGUUUUACUCGCUGGAGUUGAGCAACUUUUUUUUUAACUAGAGAUGGUUGGCAGGUUGAACUUGCCAAAUGUAUGUGAAGGUGAUCCACUGGAUAUGAGCUGCAGGGCUGAUAGAGGACUUGACAGCCCGGACUCUGGGCUACCCCCGAGCCCGAGCCCCAGCGCCUGGCUCCUGCCUGUGUGCGCGGAUAAAGCCGGGGGCGUGAGCCCGGUGUCUGAAGAUGAAGGAAGGGGCUCCCUGGUACCAGUUUCACCCUCUGGAUCUUUGCCACAGCUGCACACGUUGUCCUAUGGGGAGGGUAUAUCCCUUGAUCCGUUACCGCCGAAAGAGAUAAGAUACACCUCAUCCAUGCAUUACGACUCAGACCGCCACUUCAUCCAGGAUGUGGCCCUACAGCCAUGGGGCCAGGGCCUUGAACACUGCAUGCAGACCAUCAUGGCCGUGCCCCAUAGCACCUGGCGCCACUACAAGACACAGCUGGAGUUUCAGCCUCGCCACCGGCCGCAGCGCUUCAAGAGCACCACGAUCAUCUACCCCAAGAAAACCAGCACCUUGUAUACCACAGAGCUGAGCUACGACUGCCACCGGCUAGCCAGGCGCUUCCUCUCCAGUGUAGAGCUGGAGACUGCAGGCAGCAGAAAGCUACCUCAGUGAGGGGGGAGGGGGACAGGUGGCAGGGGACAAGACUCCUAUACUGUAGCUCCCCCAAGACUGCCAUAGACCUGCUGUGUUGUCUUUACAGUUGUGUAGUCGCCUAUCCUUUUUUUAUUAACUACCCAUCACAAGCUGUGGACAGGAAGCCUCUGUGCUGUGUUGCUACAGAUAGAGAUGAGAAGAUAUGGACUAAAUGGAUGAAAUUACUAUUCUGGAUGAUUCAUACUUAGAAUAGAUAUUUUAUUGGAGGCUUUGUUGUUUUUUGAUGGGGUGAAUACUUAUUGUUACUCUGCUCACAUCAAGGUGAACAAGGAAUGAUUUUAGAAGUGCAAAAAUGGGUUAUGUUUCAAAGUGGGCGAAAAUAACAGUGAAGGAGUGGAGGAGCAAUUAAAUGUGGUGCGGGAGUUUGGAUGCAUGCUAAAUCACUAACUUAGUUAUCCACACUGCACAAAGGAUGUGGUGUGUUUUGUUUCUUCACAGGAUAUUGUGUAUUUCUGCACAACUUUAGCACAAACUAAGCUCUGACUGUUUUUGCAAGCCUUCUUUCUGGCCAGGAUUCAUAAUGUAUUACGUAAAAAGUUGGUAGAUAAAAGGAACACUUGCUGUUCAUUUUUGUGUGUGAGCUUCUACAAACUGAUUAAGUAGGUUGUACUGAUGGAACAGGAGUGUGGAGUUUACUGAAAGGUGGAUAGUAUUGUUUUGAUAUCACUCACUGGCUUACAAGUGAAAGUAAAAAGCUGCAUUCCACUGCUAUCACUUUCUAUGGCUUGAUUUGGAUUGAAAAUCAUAUUUAUUCUUUUUUUUUUGUUUUUUUUUGUUUAUAAAUGUUUGAAUCUGAUAUUUUAUCAGCUGAUUAACGGGUCUCCUCAACUGUGUCAAGGGAUAUUUUUGUGAUGCUUUAUUGAUGCUUCUUUCACUUAUUUCACUUAUUUAGUGCCAAUUUUAA